AAUAAGAGAAUAUGCGAAGAGAUAGCUAUCAUACCAUCGAAACGGCUUCGCAACCAAAUCGCGGGGUUUGUCACUCAUCUGAUGAGACGGAUCCAAAGGGCGCCCAUUAGAGGCAUUUCCAUCAAAUUGCAAGAGGAAGAGCGCGAGCGAAGGGACAACUAUGUGCCCGAUGUGUCUGCCAUUGACAUGGAUGUGAUCGAAGUGGAUCCCGACUCAUUCCUCAUGCUGAAGGAGAUGGCAAUGGACAAGAUAUCUGGUUUACAACAGACUAACCCAACCGUCCCUUUCAGAGGAUCG